AUGACAACGAUGUUCGUCCAACUGCGCCGUGUGGUGUACCUGUUGGUACUUCUGCAGUGCUGUGUGUAUGUGGCAUGUAAGGAGGGUGAGGAUCGUAAUGUUGACGUUGACGAGUUUCUCAAGAACUACAACCCUAACGACCGCGAAAUGGAGCGAGCGGCCGAAAAAGUGCAAUUGUAUACGAAUGCCGCAGACAGGAUGCUCGGAGAGGGGCGGACCACUUUGUUGGUAUGGAAAAAGAAGGUGGAUUCGUGUAAUGAUACGCGCUUAAGUGUCAAAAAAGCAACGGAUGCAGUGGUUGGGCUCGCAAAUGAGAUGAAGCUGUACACGGAUCCUGCUGGCAAAGGUGAAAAAAGGGGAUAUGUUCUGAAGAGUGGUGUCAAAGGUGAAGCGUUGUUGUUGUUGGUGGACAAGAUCAAAAAAGUACUGGGAGGAAAGGAUGACGCGCCCAACGAGACAGAAAAAUCAAUCGACUAUGCGAACGUCGCAGGAAAAGCUUGUUUGACAUCGCUGAUGAACAUGGAGGACGUCCUGAACAACCUCAACAGUAGUCGUGGGGGAUUAUUAUCAUUUGGUGAAGAAGAUGUAAGAAAGAAUCAAACUUUGGCGGUGCUCCUUGAACGAAGCAAGAAUGUACACGAAGAGUUGAUCCAGCUCCAGAACGAUACCAACAAAGAGAGACUACGUGCCGCUCAGGCCGUGUCUGAUGCCCGGGAGCAGAUAAAAGCGUGGAAUGGAGCAAUGACUGAACUUAAACUUAUGGGUGCUGUAGGUGAGGCGCGCGGAGAUCAGCUAAAUGGACUCGGGGGUUCGAGGGAGAAGAUAGUUGAAGGCUUGAAAACCAUUAAGGAGUCAAGUACGGACAGAUUAGAGAAAUUCAAGGACUUUCGCAUGGAGGAUAACAAGAAGAACAGGAAAGGCGAUGCCGUUAAGGAAAUUAACGCUACGGUGAUAGAGGCAAAUACAACGGAGAUGGGCCGCAUCGCGGAGCAAAGAAGAAAGGAGGAGGAAGAUAGAGUAAGAAGAGCUGAAGAGGAAGCAAGACGGGGUGCGGAGGAAAAAGCGAGAAAGGCUCAAGAAGAAGCAAGACGGGUUGCGCAGGAAGAGCGGCAAAAGCAGGCCGCAGCUGAGGCGCAAAGAGCAAAGGAAGAACAGGAGAGAAGAAAAAGGGAGGAACAGGCCAAGAGGGAAAAAGAAGAGCAAGCCAAGAAGGAAAGAGAAGAAAAAGCGAAAAGGGAUGCGGAGGAAGAGUCGAAAAGGAUUGCAGAAGAGAAGGCGAAGAAUGCGGCCAAAAAGAAGAAAGAUGGAGCCGUCACUCCCUUUUUGAUGCACGGACCCUUGUUCUUGCUUCUGAUGUGUGUGUUGGGUUGCACUCUCGUGUGUUGA